AGAAAAUUCACCAGAGCUAAACGUGGGCGAGGCUUCUGUAUAUAAGUGAAAGCAAAUCACAGCACACAACAACAGAGAAAGCUUCUUCAUUACAGCCUCACUGAUUCCCAGAAGGAUCUCCACAGACGCAGAGAUGCUGCUCUCGCUCCUCUUUGUGCUGGGCCUCUGUCUGAUGCCUGCUGACUCCACAGCAACAGAAGAGUUUCUGGGCAGUCCGUUUCUGCAAAGCUGUUUUGAGGAGGCAAAGAAAAUCGUGGAUGAUGCUUAUACCUACUCCAGAGAAGAGAGUCGGAGGCGAAUCCGUAAGGAUGCGGUGAGUCCCCAUGAUGUACUGCGUCUCCUCAAGCAGCCCCGAGGAGACACACGCUCAGCAGUCAGGUCUGCAGACUACAUGGCACAAACCCUCCGUCUGGUGCAAGAAAGGGUCCAUCAUGUGCACAAACGCUCCCUCAAUGCAACAGAUUUGCUCUCUGAGGACAAUCUAAUAAAGCUCUCUGAAAUCACUGGAUGUGCAGCCCGGGCCAGGCCUCCAAACUGCCGCACCAUACAGAACGUAAACAAGUAUCGUACCAUCACCAGUGUCUGCAACAACCUAAAUUUUCCUCGUCGUGGUGCCUCUAACACUGAGUUUGGCCGCUGGCUGCCUGCUGAAUAUGAUGAUGGCAUCUCACAACCAAAAGGCUUCAACAACAGGACCAUUAACAACUUCCUGCUCCCAUUGGUUCGACAGGUUUCUAACAACAUAUUGCGCACCACAGAUGCCGGCGUGGUCAGCGACAAAGAGUUCAGUCAUUUGGUGACCUUCUUUGGUCAGUGGAAUGACCACGACCUCACCUUCACACCCUUCUCCCCGAGUAUCCGAUCCUUCAGCAAUGGCAUUAUGUGUAAUGAGAGCUGUGAGAGAACAGAGCCGUGCAUCCCCAUUCCAAUUCCUCCUGGUGACCCUCGCCUGCCCUCACGCCCCGACAGCUGCCUCACUGCAUUCAGAUCUGCCCCUGCCUGUGGAACGGGAUACUCUGCCUACAAUUUUGGUGGCGUUCCCAACAGGAGGGAACAGAUCAACGCCCUGACGUCCUUCCUGGACCUUAGUCAAGUGUACGGCUCUGAGGAAAAGCUCGCCCUCAAACUACGGGACCUUCAAAAUGAUGGAGGCCUGCUACGUGUCAACACCGAGUUCAGAGACAACGGGCGGGAGCUGCUGCCUUUCAUUGAAGCUGAAGAAAACAUUUGUGCCACUCGCAGGAGAGUUACCAAUGACACCAACGCUCAGGAGGUGCCCUGUUUCAUCGCAGGUCAGUUGUGGUACAAAUUGAAUCUCAUCCAGAGAGUUUAGUUGUAAAAAUCUGGG